AACAAAUUUUUUUAUCAUUCUUCAUAUCCAGUUCUAAGAGACAUCAUAGAAAAAUAAUCUACUGCUUAAUUAUUGUUGUGUGUAAUCAAGAAAAUGGGAAACUGUUGCAAACCAUCAUCUUCAAUGGAGUGGGUUGGGGAGGACUGGGAAUCUUUGAGGUCUAAACCUGAAUCAAGGAAGACAAAGCCAUAUCCAUCAUCAAGCAAGGUGUUUGAUGAAGCUAGUCUUGAUCAUCACCAGAAGGAGAAUGAUGUAUUAGGAAAGCUUAGAGCUUCUUGUGAUGCAAGUGGGAAGGUGACGUUGAAGAUUUCAAAGAGCGAACUCGCUGAAUUAUUGGGAGCGAUACAACAGAAUAAUAUUAAUAGUAGUAAUCAACAGCCAAAGCAGCAGAUGAAGAAGAAAAAGGAAUUAGCUUCUGCAGAAGAAGUUCUAUUUAGGCUAAUGAAAGCCAAAGACCAUGAGCAUCACUGGAAACCAGUUCUAGAGACUAUUCCUGAAUGAAUGUUAAUUAACUUUUAAGGUUAUAUUAUUAGUUUAGUUGUUAAUUAAGUGUGUUUCUGGUGAGAAUUAAAACGUACGACCAUGCACAUUUUGUUAAUAGUUUCAAGUUGUACUUAGUAUAAUUUCAACUCAAUGGAUAAAAUUAUUCUUAUCCGAGCUAUAUAUGUGACCAAAAAAAAGUGGAACGUUAACCUACCUCCGCUAACCCUAAAGAUAAAAAAAUAUGCGGUGAAAUAUGUGAAGGGUUUGAAAACACACGAGAUGUUAAUAAUUUUAA